AGUAGUUUAAUAUUCGGCAUCAGUCUUGUCAGAAAGUUCAUCGAGAACAUUGUAAAAUGCGUGCAAUAUUGAUAAUUUCGUCAGUUUUGGUGCUAGCCACUGCUAGACCUAACCCACCUGAUGCAAAUAAUGGAUAUGAAUACAAUACACCACAAGAAAAUUACCAGGCAGCCGUGCCCGAACAAAUCAGUAGUGGGCCAGCCGGAGAAACAUUGCCCAACUUUGUUCCAGUUCAAGCUAACGAUGGUCCAGCACUGCCGCCCGUCUAUCCACAAUCUCAAGUUCCCGACAACUUUGUGCCAACCGGUCCAUCAGACGUUCAACUUCAAGGUGUGCCUCUGUACUCACAGACAUCUCCAGCACAACAGACCAACAUAGAAAACCAAGAACUCACAACCGGACCAGAGACAUAUCGCAAUACGAACGACGAACAGCAAAAACUACUUAGCUCAUCAUAUGAUGCACUUCCAAUAUCGGGAGCACCACAACAGCAACAAGAAUCAUCAUUCGUUGGUAGCACACAACAACAGUCAUCAUUCAGUGGCAACGCACAGCAAUCGUCAUCAUUCGGUGGCAAUUUCCAGCAACAACAAAGUGUUGGUUCUUCAUUCAGUCAAGACAGCCAGAGUGACGAAUUACCACCAAUCAUUACUAAACAUUUCUACGUUCAUGCUGCCCCUGAAGAACCAGAAGAAUCCGAAGGACCCAAAUUCGUGAACAUUGGCCGAAAGCAGAAGAAUUACAAAAUUAUUUUCAUUAAGGCACCAACAUACGGAUUCAACUCACAAGUCAUUCCCAUCGUGCAACCGAACGAAGAGAAGACUAUCGUCUAUGUAUUAAGCAAAAAACCAUCGUACAAUCAAGACAUCUCACUACCACCAGUACCAGUCACUGAACCAUCCAAACCAGAAGUAUUUUUCAUUAAAUACAAAACUGACAGAGAAGCUCAGGAAGCUCAACAAAAAAUUCAAGGCGCAUACGAAUCGAACACCUUUACCGGAUCAAACGACAAUGUGGCCACCAACAUUGGAACGGCCAUCAGCGGCUUCCAAAACCAAGGAUUAUCAACUUUCAAUUCGUUUGCUGGUCAAGCAACUGGUAUCCUAAACAACGUCGGUACAGCCGUUACGAAUCAAUUGUGUGCUGGUGGUUCGAGUUGUUCGGCCGGUACAAAGCCCACAUCUGUCGCCCAAACUCAAACUGCGAACGAUGAAGAACAGGUAUCUGCUGGUGCUAGUGAAAAUACGAUCGUGGAGAAUUUAGUCGAACCACAACCGGAAGUAGAACAGCCAUCACAACAGCAAUCACUGCCACAACAAAAUGACAUUCGUGAGGAAUAUUUACCACCACAUCAUUGAACACACACUCUGUUUUGUUAAGUUGUUUUGCUCAAAUUUGUAUAUACAAAGAAUGUCGAGGUAAAUAAAGUGAUUUUACAC